AGACGUGGCUGACUGUGGAAAAUCCUUCAGGAGGGAACUCGGGAGACUGUCUGCUGCAGUGCUCCUGCUCUUAGACAAGAAGUGUCUGGAUGGCAGGGUCAAGCCGGAGUAAAAACUGUAGGAAUUUCAGCCGGGCUCCUCUCUGCCUUACAGCACCCUACAUGUUUCUUCCAAGUACUUUGCGGAGGUCUGGGCUGAUGAGCGCAGGACCCGAGAAGCCCGUUUGGGCAUUUGCUGUGCUGCUCCUUGGCGCCGCCCUACUGGCGUCAUCCCUUGGUGGGAAGAUGAUGGCUCAGACUGCUGUGGCCCAAGCAAAGACUGCACCUGCAGGACUAGGACCAUGGUGCAUUAAGGAUCUUCUAGACCUCCAGUACCUGGAUGAGCUGUUCUCCAUAGAUAACCUAGAUGUUUGGUUCUGCUCCCUUGUGGGAUCGAUCGCCGUCGGACUCAGUGGUGUCUUUCCACUUAUAGUGAUACCCAUUGAAGCUGGAACAGCUUUGAAAACUGAGGCUGGGUGUCAGAAGCUGAAGAAGCUGCUGAGUUUUGCUAUUGGUGGUCUCUUAGGCGACGUCUUUCUCCACCUCCUUCCUGAAGCCUGGGCUUACACUUCCAGGCCUGAUGGGCCCCACAGGCACUUUCGUACGCAGGGUUUGUGGUUGAUAGGGGGUCUGCUAUCCUUUCUGAUUUUGGAAAAAGUGUUCCCAGAUGAAGACAGUGACCCAGAGAGCAAAGCUACCUCCCAAAGAACUGAAUCGUGUUCAACAGAUCUGAGCAGCGAGGUCUCUGUGUCCCCACAAACAAAUGGCAUCUGCUCAAACAACAACUCAGACUCCAAGCCAAAGACUGACAUCAGCCUUUACACAGAGCCAAAGAAAAUAAAGACAAGUGGUUAUCUAAACCUUCUUGCUAACUGCAUUGAUAACUUCACACAUGGGCUGGCAGUGGCAGGAAGCUUCUUAGUAAGCCGAAAGGUCGGUUUCUUAACAACAUUCGCUAUUCUGCUUCAUGAGAUCCCUCAUGAGGUGGGAGAUUUUGCCAUUCUGCUGCGAGCAGGAUUUGACCGCUGGAAAGCUGCCCGUAUGCAGCUCUCUACAGCAUUAGGAGGAGUCCUGGGGGCAUGUUUUGCUCUUUGCUCCCAAUCACAACAUGGGGCAGAGGAUGCCACUGCCUGGAUCCUGCCCUUCACCUCAGGUGGCUUUCUCUACAUUGCGUUGGUCAAUGUGGUACCUGAUCUGCUACAGGAGACCAACCCUAGGAACUCCUUUCUACAGGUUCUGCUGUUGCUUUGUGGGAUAGCAGUCAUGGCUCUUCUCUCAGUCGUCAUGGACUAGCCACAGACGAGCACUGCUUUUAUCAAGGGAGAUUUAGAGUGCUACCUAGCAUGUUGGAGGACUUAGGGACAGUUCACUCCACUGGUUAUGCUUUAAAUAAUUUUUGUCACCCCCAAAGAUCAUGUGAGGAAAGACCUAAGAAAGAAACAGCCUCGACAAUCAGGUGUUUCAGUCUGUGUCCAUGUGUUUUUAGCCUUAUCCUUCAUACACUUCUGUGUCCGGAUUAAAACUGAACUCAUGCCUGACAGGCACCAGCUGAAAUUGAAGGCAAAUACAGGUUUUUGCAAAAGGUGCUCCAAAAUAACAGCGGUUGCAUUAGCUACUAUUUUGCAUACUCGCUCAUGUUUCUGACGUUGUUUUUUUUUUUUUUUUUUUAUGUCAAACACAUUUCCAAUGUCGGUUGGUUACAUCAAUGUGAUUUGCUUAAAUAGUAUGCAAUACUGCACAUGCAGGUUUCACAAGUCAACACUUAAUCCUUUAUUAAGAGACAAGCACAUAUGCUUACAUAAUCAGAUUUUUGAUGGUCAUCAUCAUUGUUUCUAUAAACUAAUACUGCUUCACUUUUAUAAGUCUUUCUGUUGAAGUUAAAUCUAUACAAGUUCAUUUCAUGCUUUAUUUGCUCAAGUUGAGACAUCCACACUUUGCAUAACUACAUAUUCCUAAUUGCACAUACAUCAAUGACCACACUCCUGUUGUCAAACACUUUUGAAAUACUUAACUGGCCUUAUUGUCAGGUAUUCCUCAGUCAUUUUUUAAAUUGUGAUGUCUGUCUUUUCUUACAGUAUUUAGUCUUGUUGCUGAUUGUGUCCUGAUAGCCACUACACUGCUACAUUUAGCUUUAAUUUACUGAUUUUCUGUACAGUUCAUUGUGGUCCUGGCAUUGCAAUAACACAGGUUUUGAGUGAUUUAGUCUUGAGAUUUGAUGGAUUCAUAAGCAGACACUUCAUUUACUUAACUGACUUGGUGCCAUUUCAAUCACAUUUUUCAAAAGCUUAAAUAGUUGAUAAAUGGAUUGUCUGUUUAAGAGUUUAGUAUAUGGAGUGUUACUGAAAAGUAUGUUCUGAACGUCACAUGGCAGGUCAGAACAGUCUUUGCCAGAUUGUAAAUAUUGAAAAGAGAUUAUAUAUAUUUAUUCUGUAAACAAUGCCAUGUUGAAAGAAAAAUGUUGAACCUUUUUUUUAAGUCCUCCCAGUGUUAUAUUUGAAAUAAAGAAAUGUUACAGUUUGAUUCCAAACUGUUG